AUGAACAAAAGGUUAAAUGAAUACUCUUUGAAUGUUUAUCAAGUAGUUUGCUUGGUUAUUGGUUUGUGUUGUGUCUGGUGUAGUGCUGGUGAGGAUUUAGAUGAGAUGGGGUUGUUUGGUCCAUCUAAAGAAGACAUGUUAUAUAUAGAUAGUCAACUAGCAUCGGUUUAUGAUGAGAUAACCAAUGCAAUAAACGAGCUGAAAGACUUAAAGAAUAAACGAGCAAUGCGAAUAGAUCGAAUAAAGCUGGGCCAACAGGGCCUCAUGGAACAAGAACAACAGCUUUAUACGGGCUUGGAGUCAAUCCAAAGCAAUCCCAGCGGCCUUGACAAAUUAGAGGAUAUGUUCAAACAGAAGAAGAUUAAGGUGAUAUCUGAACUAGUUAAAGAAGAAUUAAUACAGGAAAGUCUUAAUAUAGCUAUCCAACAAAUGGAACAAUGGUUAUCUAAAUGCGAGAAUAUCCAGAUGCCAGAGAAAUCGCGAAGGGAGAGCAUAGGUAAGCUAGCAAUGAUGAUAGAACCAAUACAGCAAAUUACGAGUGACUUAACGGGCCCACAAAAUCAAUUCCCCAAUCCAAAAAUAAGCAGAAUUGAAAUUGAUCUAAUCGCAAUAGGCGCCUUAUGCGAUUCCCAUGAAUUAAAACGCCGAUUCGUUACGAUCAUGGUAACAGAACUAAUCAAAAUAAGACCUAAUAUUAAUACGUUAGACCGGGACAAUAUAACUCAAGUUGUGGAUUCAGUGAUAGAUCAAGUAUUGAUAAAUGAUAAACUCAAAAGCCCCGACAUCAUAUCUACGAUAAUUGAAAAAACGCUAGCUCAACUUGAUGGUACAUCUAAAAACACGGAAGUCAAAAGUGAAAGUGAAAGUAAACAGAAGCCCACAGAUCCCGAACCCUCUAAUUCAAGAGCUUAA